UGAUUCUGUCUCACCGUCUGUCCACUACUACUGCUUAUUUUGCAGUACGCCUUGACUGACAGCGUUAUUUGUCGGGGUUAAAACUUUUCUUCCGCUCAGAAUGGAUUGGGCACCAAAUUCGUUUGGAUGAGUCGCGAAUGAGCGGUGCGCUUCACCUCGGCAACUUUCUCCUGCGCAUUUCUCCCAGCAGCCUUGGUGGAAAGUUAAAAUCGCAUGGGAUAUGGUGACAAACAAGUGAACAUACAUUAAACCAAGACGGAAAAUGCAGAAGAGUGUUCGGUACAAUGAGGGACACGCUCUGUUUCUCUCCGUUAUCGCGCGUAAAGAGGGCACCAAGCGAGGCUAUCUCAGCAAGAAGACCACGGAAAACAGCAAAUGGCACGAGAAGUUUUUUGCACUUUAUCAGAAUGUUUUGUUUUACUUCGACACCGACCAGAGUGCUCGACCAUCAGGGAUUUAUCUUCUGGAGGGAUGCACAUGUGAACGGGUCCCUGCGCUCAAGGUGUCCACUGUUGGCAAAGACGCGCUUGACAAGCUGCAAUAUUUCCUUGUGGUCUUCGGCCAUGAUGGACAGAAGCCUCUGGAGCUACGGACGGAAGAAGAGUCUGACUGUGAUGAAUGGGUUGAAGCCAUCCAGCAGGCCAGCUACUCUGACAUCAUCAUCGAGCGUGAGGUUCUCAUGCAGAAAUACAUCCACCUGGUGCAGAUCGUGGAGACGGAGAAAGUGGCAGCAAACCAGCUCCGCACACAACUGGAGGACCAAGACACUGAGAUUGAGAGGCUUAAAGCUGAGAUUAUAGCCUUGAACAAAACCAAGGAAAGAAUGCGCCCCUACCAUGUUUUUCAGGAAGAGGAAGAUCCUGAUAUUAAAAAAAUUAAAAAGGUCCAGAGCUUCAUGCGAGGGUGGCUAUGUAGAAGGAAGUGGAAGAUUAUUGUGCAGGACUACAUCUGUUCUCCUCAUGCUGAGAGCAUGAGGAAAAGGAAUCAGAUCGUCUUCAACAUGGUGGAGGCUGAGACUGAGUAUGUCCAUCAGCUUUCCAUCUUAGUCAACUGCUUCCUAAGGCCGCUCAGAAUGGCCGCCAGCUCCAAGAAACCACCUAUAAGCCAUGAUGAUGUCAGUAGCAUCUUCCUUAACAGUGAAACAAUCAUGUUUCUACAUGAAAUAUUCCAUCAGGGAUUGAAGGCGAGGAUAGCAAACUGGCCCACGCUGGUUCUAGCGGAUCUCUUUGAUAUCUUGCUGCCAAUGCUGAACAUCUAUCAGGAGUUUGUGAGGAACCACCAGUACAGUCUUCAGGUUCUAGCAAACUGCAAGCAGAACCGGGAUUUUGAUAAACUCCUGAAGCAGUAUGAAUCCAAUGCUGCAUGUGAGGGGAGAAUGCUGGAAACGUUCCUCACAUACCCCAUGUUUCAGAUCCCUCGUUAUAUCAUCACUCUCCACGAGCUACUGGCUCAUACUCCUCAUGAGCAUGUGGAAAGGAAAAGUCUAGAAUUUGCCAAGUCCAAACUGGAAGAACUCUCCAGGGUGAUGCACGAUGAAGUAAGUGAUACUGAAAACAUCCGUAAGAACCUGGCUAUUGAGCGCAUGAUCGUUGAGGGCUGCGACAUCCUUCUUGACACCAGCCAGACGUUUGUUAGACAAGGCUCUUUGAUCCAACUGCCCUCAGUGGAGCGAGGGAAGCUCAGUAAGGUGCGACUCGGCUCUCUCUCGCUCAAAAAGGAAGGAGAAAGACAGUGCUUCCUUUUUACCAAGCACUUCCUUAUCUGCACACGCAGCUCAGGAGGCAAACUUCACCUGCUCAAACAAGGUGGUGUGCUGUCCCUGAUUGAGUGCACUCUCAUUGAGGAGCCUGAUGCCAAUGACGAAGAUGCUAAGAAUUCAGGGCAGGUGUUUGGUCACCUUGACUUUAAGAUUGUGGUAGAGCCUUCAGAUGCUCCGGCCUUCACUGUGGUGCUACUGGCACCAUCCCGUCAAGAGAAAGCAGCCUGGACCAGUGACAUAAGCCAGUGCAUCGAUAACAUUCGCUGCAAUGGCCUGAUGACCAGCGUGUUUGAGGAGAACUCAAAAGUCACAGUACCUCAUAUGAUCAAAUCUGAUGCGCGUCUCCAUAAAGAUGAUGUUGACAUUUGCUUCAGUAAGACGCUCAACUCCUGCAAGGUCCCUCAGAUCCGCUACGCCAGCGUGGAGAGACUGCUGGAGAGGCUGACCGACCUGCGCUUCCUCUCCAUAGACUUCCUCAACACAUUCCUGCACACCUACCGCAUCUUCACUACUGCCACCGUGGUCAUGGAGAAACUGGCUGACAUCUACAAGAAGCCUUUUACUUCCAUACCAGUCAGGGUCCAGUAUCACUCAUUUGACCGCUUGUCCAUUACAUCCAUCUGCCCAGACUACAGCUUGAAGAUCAGGAAGAUAGCGCUGGAUCAGUCAAAAUCCCUGGAGCUUUUCUUCGCCACCAACCAGAACAACCGCAGCGGGGACCACGUCAAUGAAAAAUCCCCCAGACUCUGCCGCAAGUUCUCAUCCCCUCCACCUCUUUCCAUUCCCUCACGUACUACCUCUCCCGUUCGCACCAGAAAACUCUCUCUGAAUUCGCCUAUUGGCUCAAAAGUAGGCAUCCUUGAUCUGUCCACCACUUCAUCAUCUGCAGCCAGUAGUCCAACCUCCACCAACCCCACCAUCUCACCUCCACCAUCCAACAAUAACAGCAAGCCACCUUUGGAUCUUAGCCGUGGACAGAGUCCAUCCUCCCCUGAGCAAAGUCCUGGAGCUCUGGACGAGAACGCUGAGGUGCCACGAAUUGAUGCCCUCUGUGGUAAACUACGCCGCAGCAUCAGGAGAGCUGUGCUGGAGUCAGUGUCUUUGGACAAAUUUAUUCCAGAGUCGCCCCAGGCCAGUGAACCAGGAGAAAUCUCUCCGUGCCGCUCACCCUCCACUCCACGCCACCUCCGCUACAGACAGUCAGGAGUCCAGACGGCUGAGAACUCACGCUGCUCUGUUUCUCCAGCCUCUGCAUUUGCCAUUGCCACAGCAGCAGCUGGACACAGCAGCCCUCCAGUUUUUAACAAUUCUGAGAGGACUUGUGACAAGGAGUUCAUUAUACGUCGAGCGGCUACUAACAGAGUCUUGAAUGUCUUGCGACACUGGGUCUCCAAACACUCACAGGACUUUGAAAUGAAUGGAGAGUUGAAGAUGGGUGUGAUCUGCCUGCUGGAGGAGGUGUUGAGAGACCCAGACCUUCUUCCUCAGGAGAGGAAAGCCACAGCAAACAUACUAAGUGCCCUUUCUCAAGAUGACCAGGAUGAUGCACAACUGAAGAUUGAAGACAUUCUUCAGAUGGCUGAAUGCCCAAAGGCAGAGUGUUUUGAGUCUCUGUCCGCAAUGGAGAUAGCAGAACAAAUCACUCUCCUCGAUCACAUCGUGUUCAGGAGUAUUCCCUACGAGGAGUUCCUGGGCCAAGGAUGGAUGAAGACAGACAAGACAGAGAGAACGCCAUACAUCAUGAAGACAAGUCAACACUUCAAUGACAUGAGUAAUCUGGUGGCCUCUCAGAUCAUGAGCCACACAGAUGUGGGCUCCAGAGCAGGUUCUAUUGAAAAAUGGGUAGCAGUGGCUGACAUUUGCCGUUGUCUCAACAAUUAUAACGGUGUCUUGGAGAUCACAUCUGCCCUGAACCGCAGCGCCAUCUACAGGCUGAAGAAGACAUGGGCUAAAGUGUGCAAACAGACUAAAGCACUAAUGGAUAAACUUCAGAAGACUGUGUCAUCCGAGGGAAGAUUUAAAAACUUGAGGGAAACUCUCAAAAACUGUAAUCCACCCUGUGUUCCUUAUCUGGGCAUGUACUUGACAGACCUCGCAUUUAUCGAAGAGGGAACCCCAAAUUUCACAGAGGAAGGUCUAGUUAACUUCUCAAAGAUGAGAAUGAUUUCUCACAUCAUACGAGAGAUCCGACAGUUCCAGCAAACUCCCUACAGAAUUGAGCACCAACCAAAGGUCACACAGUAUCUUCUGGAUAAGACCUUGAUUAUGGAUGAGGACACACUCUAUGAUUUAUCACUCAAGAUUGAACCCAGGCUUCCUGCAUGAAUAACAACCUCAGUACCUGGCAGCUUCCAUCUAGAUGUGCUUCUCACUCUUAGGAUGUUUUGAAGGCAUGAGGCAUACCUCGCGUUUAAGAAAGAGGGAGGUAAAAUGUCCAUUUGAAAGCAUGGAAAGAUAGAGGGUCCAUGCCUGGAGAAGAGUAUUAAACAGUGCUCACCACCACCAUGUCACCUCAAGAGUGACUUUUAUCAGGAAAAAAGGCUACUGUUAGAGGUCAGGGGUCUUGAGUGAGUUUCAGGGUCUAGCAGAAAGAUUGAGUCUUAAUUGUGAGGAGAGUGGGUGAAGAUAUGUAGCAUGUACAGAAGUAGAGCUGUUAGCCAGAUCUUAUGUAGUGUAUCGUGGCCCCUCAAGCCUGUGGCCCCUGGCACAUCCCCUCAUUGGUAAUGGUAGUGACUUUGUGCAUGAACUAGACUGUGGGUUUGCUGUGCGCUUUGCCUCAACUUUACACUCCACAUGCUGUUCCAUCUGGCUGCAUCGAACCAAAAUAGCACCUGAAAAUUUAAACAGAUUUGUCAGUCUUCUAAAUAACCAGAAUGUAUAGUAGCUUUUAAAAAACAGUAACCAGUUGUAUGUAGAUUAUAUUUAUAUUUGGUAAAUUUCCCCCUGAAGCUAUUUAAAAGUUGUUGUAUGUGCCUUUUCACUUUUGCAGACACUCGUAAAUGAAACCAAUGUAUCGGCAAUGCUUGAAAGUAAUGAUAUCAGCAUAUUAUUGGCCUCUGUAGCAAGUGUGACAGAACACGUAGAUAUUCAGACAAAUUAAGUCAAUAAAUACAAUGAGUCAUUCUUACUGUUACAAACAUGAGAUACAAGUUUUAAAAUUUCAAGAUCUAAAGAUUCUUUUUAUAAUCUUAAACUUCUGUUAAACGGGUCAUGAAAUGUUUAUAUCCCAAAAUAGUUUAUACGCUUUUAAUAUCUGUAAAAAUUAUCAUUUUCAAUCUUCAUCAAUCAAUUUUAAGCGCUUCAAGGGUGUGAAAUAACAGACUUUCACUAAUUGAAGUUUACAACCCAGGCUCAUUUUGAUUAUGUACCCCUAUAUACAUUUCUGGAGAGUGCCAAAUACAUCCCAGGAGCUACGUUUUUGCAGUUUUUGUUUUCGCAAAUGCACCAGAGGCCGCUGUGUACUCUUUUUCAGAUCUCAGAUUUCUCUCGCAAGUGCCAUUCGUGCCUGCUGUUCUCAUGUAAAUACACAAGAGGCCGCUGUCGACUGCCUGACUGACUGACUGACCAACGGACCAAUACCCCACCCUCACCCGUCCCUAAACCCAACCAAUAGUGUUUUCAAAAGCACCAGUUGACCUGCCCAGCCACUUCCCUAAACCCAACUGACAGUUUUAAAAAGCAGUCUAGAAAACGAAAAGCCCUCGCCUGAUUUUUACCACAUUUUCAGAUUUUACCACAUUCUCACCCUGUUAUUUACUUGUUUGUUUUAUUAUUUAGCUUUUGUUUUUGUCUUACCAGCCUUCUGGAACCAUUUCCUUCACCAGACUCGAACCCUGUUGUCUCAAUUAACUCCACUCUGCGUCUCAGGUUCGCCGACAUACAUGUCGAGUUACCAGACAAACUGGUUACAGCGGGAAAGCCAUCCAUACAGAGGUAAACGGUCAGCUGGUCAGCGAGAAAAAGAAUGGCAUCAUAAAAGCCUGUAGCAUUCAUUUUAAAGAAGAAAUGCAACCAUGCGUAGCUCUAGCUACAUAAUUUGCGAUCUCCAGAAAUAUAUACAGUAGGGCUACGUUUUCACAAUGAACUUAUGUUGAAAGUUUAUUUAUAAGCUAAUUUUAACAGGAUCACAUGUUUAUGAUUGUCCACGGCUAGUCCUGCAUUAGCUUACACAUGAUUCACCAAUCAGACGAUUCCUAAUUCACUAUAGGUUUCUUACCUCAGUAUCUUCGUCUUGAAGAAUCCCCUCUCCCACGGCUACUCCUUCCUCUUUUUUCCAGAUUGGGCAACACGGUGACCCUGUGACUAGCACUGUUGCCUCACAGCAAGAAUGUCACUGGUUAAAAGUCCCCACUGAACCAGUCGACAUUUUUUGUGCGCAGUUUACUUGUUCUACCAGUGCUCGCAUGGGUUUCCACUGGGUUCCCUGGUUUGAUCAUUGAUUUUUCCCACAAUGUGAUCAUCCGCAAUAGUCACAUUGCAGCAUAUGCAACGUUGAGUCUGCAUUAUAAUUCAUCAUCUGCAUGCGUUUUUUAAUGCCUGUAAUUGUAUAAUGACUUCAAAAGCAUUCAGGUAAGAAACCGCACCAUUUUUUUAUUUUAUUUUUUAUUUUUAUUUUAAUCAUUCAGUUACUGUACUUGAAUACUGUUAGACUCUGGAAACGAUAAAACACUUUAUUUCAAUUGUAUCUUUUUCUUGGUUGUAUUUAUAGAUUUUUAUGCAUGAAAAUACUCACAACACAUGCAAAUACUGAAAUGCACUGCAACUAGGACAGACUACAACAUAAUGUGUCGGGGGACCCCAAAAAGUUUAUAGAUUGUUUAUUUAUAGAUUGUUUAUUAGAUUUUAUGGAGAUGCAUUCCCACUGUUGAAUCAUUCCAAUCGAUCUAACAUUAUAACUUUUUUUCAAAUAGAGAUAUUAUUAAAUAGAGAUAUUUUCCAAAAGAGAUAUUAUCUGGUGAAAUUGUAUUCAUGUCGCAAAAUAUAUAUCGCAAAAUCAAAAAAAAUAUCGCAAUGUUAGAUUUUUCCAAUCAUUUCCAUAUCGUGCAAGCCUAAUUUCAAUUGACUAUGUUGAUGUUAAAAUGACAUCAAACAUUGGCAUCAAAAACAUAUCAAAAAUCAAUUACAGGACAGUCCUGUGAUGGGUUUCAGUAGAGGAUAUAUUGACAGGCCAAUUAAAACAAACACACAGGAGCUGUUCAAAACUUUCCUGCACGAUUAUGUAGAUUAAUGGCACAUGUUAAGGGGCAUGACAAGGAGAUUUAAAAUUCUGUCUAUCGAGAGGGAUAAAAAAAAAUCCAUAUUUUGAAAAUGGCAGUUAGUUAUUAAUUUGGAAACUUUUGGCAUGUUUUAUUUCUGUAUAACCCUUUGUGUGUAAAUAUGAACACUAUUUUAGUGACCAUUUCAUGACCCCUUUAACUUUUUUGGUUUAUUUCAUGGGCCAGGUUUACCAAUGGACAAGUAGCGCAGUGGAAUGGAGAUGCGCAUUCUGUGCGAACAGCCUCUAAAUUUUCAUUUUCUACUCAAAUUCAGUGAAUUGAGUGUAAAACAGCUUACUUUUUUAUCAGAGCAUGCAGAAAUACUCCACUUGCAGUAGAUUGCAUCAUCCAUGCACUUAAAAAAUACAAGCAGACGUGUGCUUGUGCAAUGCAGACUUGUUUUUGAUCAGUUUUUACAGUAAGUUGAGGCUUUGGCGCCCCCCUUUGGAGGAAUAGGUUGAAUGAUUUUCAGCAAAAUGACCGAAAUCCGAUUCUGACUCGCAAGUUCUUCAAUAAUCAAUGUUUUCCUGCUUUUUAAUGUAAUGGCCCUGCUGGUCAGCUAACCAGAAUUUAGGGCGUCUCCAUUAUUUGCAUGAAAAAUACAGUGAUCGCAUGUUGGAAAAUGCAUUGCAAGACAUGUUUUGUGGUCAUGUGUCAUUCAGCUGCUGUGUAGCCUCUUUUAAACUCUCUAGAAACCUCAAGUUAAACAGAUAGAUACAUAUAUUUAACUUCUCAUCUGACUGCACUUCUUUAUCUAAAUACUUUAAUCAUAAUAGCUGGAGAUUUCAUAUGCAUAGAAUGGCAGAGAACUGUCAAAUUGGCCAUAAAUAUAUAUAUAUCUACCACUGUGCUGUAUGAAGACAACAUUGUUUUUGUCAGAUCUUUUCUUUUCUCUAGAGUGGGACAGGUUUAAGUUCUUAAAGUGUAAGUGUGUGAAACGCAUGAGAGUGUGUAGGUGUGAAUGUGAUCUCAGAGGUGAGUGGGUUCAAUGGAAAGGUGUGAGUUACACUCUCAUAAAUGUAGCGUUGUUUUCUUUAAAACAGGUGUGAAUUGGUAGUAUUUAUUUUCUGGCAUAUAUAUUUGAUCCUUUUUUUGUAUAUAGUGUGCCGAUAUGGGUUUCUGAUAUAAUGUGAUUUUUGUCCCCAUUCAUCACCAUGUAAUACUUUAAUUUCUGCAAGCACUCCUGUAAUUGUUCAAUUCUGCUCAGUGUGUUAAGAAAAAUGUAGCAUAUUCGAAUAAUUUACAAUCCUUUGUCAUUUUUGUUCUCUUUUUUUAUGAGUUGAAGUGCACAGAAUUAUUGCUUUGGUAUGUUGCAUGUCUUUGCAUGUCCAGGUUGGAUUCCUUCUUGUGAAAUCUGCUUUUUGUACAUUUCUGUAUCAAACUAUUUGUCUUUAAUUUUCCUUCUUAUUUAUUUUAUCACUGAUUUUCCUGGAGAUUGUGUGGCUUCAGUACUUUAAU